AUGACUAUGACAGAGCAACAAUAUCAUUUCCUCGCACCAGGUCCAUAUACGUUUUCUGGAUAUCCUUCAGGUACUGAUUACUUUGACCAAAAUCUCUCGUUUUGUGACGUGUCGCCAAUACCUCAGGUGUACAGUGAACCACAGAUAACCAACGAUUACACACAUCUGUUACCACCAUCGUUACCUUUGAUGCAUGAGGGCAGUCUCUUGAAGCGAGAUCCGUACUCAAUGGAUGAAAAUUUCUUGAGCCCUUUCGGCAUGAGUUAUGCUACGUUGGUUGGGGCGGAGGCCAUGUCACAACAAGCCAACUAUGAGCUCUCAUCAAGGUCAUACCUUACGAUCACGAACGACUAUGCGAUCUUUCACGGAACUCUUGAUAUCGAAACUCUAGGUGGUGCAGGUUUUGCCUCCCAAAGAACCACAGGUGACGAUCGACAUUGGGAUCUUUCCCACUCUGCAGGUCUCGAGCUUCUUGUGAAUCUAUUCGAAAGUGAUGAGAAGAGCUACACCCUGAUCCUGAAGGAUACCUUGCUGCCGCCAUCAGAUGGAAGAGAACAAUCUACUACAUCGUGGGAGUACGACUUUAGCAAGGAAGAUGCACAUGUCUCUAGCGAUGAUGCGAAGCUAGGGUCGUUUUAUGUGUCUUGGGACAUGCUGAAGCCAACGUAUCGUGGUCGUCCCUGCGACGACGCUUCUGCAUUACGGAAAGACGACAUUAGACGAUUCAGCAUUAUGUCAAGAAGCUUUUUCGGCACUCAAGCUGGGGACUUCCGCUUGGCCAUUGUUGCCAUCAACCAGGUAGCUCAAUGA